AUGUGCACUCCUCGAAAAUCGGCCAACGACUGCGAUUAUGACUGCUCCAGCAGCAAGCAGACCCGUACGAUUGCAGUCAGCGACUCUGUUGACAGUCGCGUCAGUGACAACGGCGCCAUUCAAGACAAUGUACAGCAGGCGCUCUACGAUUAUCGUCCAACGACUGUAGUUCAACGAUUAUCGUUCCAGCCGCACCAUUUUGCAGGAUCAGCAGAAUCACGCGACCGUAGCUCAGGAUCCCCUCUGCGUCAGUUGAGCGACUCGUCUCUGGGCUUAGGUGGGCUGAACGAUGUGGUCACCAGUACAGAGGUGUCCCGGUGUCGCGUUACUCCACCCGCUACCACCCUACCCCGCUUCCGGAAGUACUCCAUACAGGACUUCCAGUUCCUGAAGGUCCUUGGCAAGGGGAGUUUCGGGAAGGUGUUAUUAGCAGAGCUAAUAGGCACCGAAUGCUAUUACGCGGUGAAAUGUCUGAAAAAAGAUGUGGUUCUGGAAGAUGAUGACGUGGAAUGUACCCUCAUAGAACGGAAGGUUCUAGCUUUGGGCACAAACCAUCCCUAUCUUUGCCAUCUCUUCUGUACUUUCCAGACUGAGUCCCACCUGUUCUUCGUGAUGGAGUACCUGAACGGUGGGGAUCUGAUGUUCCACAUCCAACAGUCGGGUCGCUUCGACGAGGGCAGAGCUCGCUUCUAUGCCUCAGAAAUCGUUUCCGGGUUGAUGUUCCUACACAAGAAAGGCAUUGUCUACAGAGACUUGAAACUGGACAAUAUCCUGUUGGAUUUUGACGGUCACGUGCGCAUUGCUGACUUCGGUAUGUGCAAACUGCAGAUAUACCUUGACAGAACGGCCGACACAUUCUGUGGUACACCUGACUAUAUGGCACCUGAGAUAAUCAAAGGCCUGGCCUACAACCAGUGCGUGGACUGGUGGUCGUUCGGCAUCCUCCUCUACGAGAUGCUGGUUGGCCAGUCUCCUUUCUCAGGAUGUGACGAGGAUGACCUCUUCUGGUCCAUCUGCAACGAGCAGCCUCACUAUCCACGGUUCCUGUCCAAGGAGUCCAAGUUGAUCCUAAGCCAGUUGCUGGAAAAGGACUCAAGCCGACGCCUGGGUUCCUCAGAGCUGAGCGGUCGUGAGGUGACGUCACACGUUUUCUUCCGAGACUGGGAUUGGCCCCGGCUGGAGAGACGGCAGCUGGAUCCACCCUUCAAACCCAGAGUACGUCAUCCCUUAGACGUGCAAUACUUCGAUAAGGCGUUCACCAAUGAGCGACCGCGUUUGACGCCGAUUGACAAGUCAAUCCUACAAUCCAUGGACCAGACCCAGUUCCAGGGUUUCAGUUACACCAAUCCGAACGUGACCAAGUGACUCUGUUGUGCCUUCUGCUGGAACAAACUUAGUUGAAGGUUUUUCAGUGGGAACAUACGUUGUUCCGAAAUACUACAAAAUUGGUGAUCAGUAAGUGACUUUGUUGUGCCUUAUUACUUGAAGGUUGAAGUAGGAACAGACUUUGUUCCAAAAUACAACAAAAUUGGUCAGUUGAAUCCCACUUUGACAAAGUGAUUUUGUAGUGGUUUUAGCAUUCUAAUGCUGGGACACACCAGCUUGUUGGAGAUGCUACCGUAUAGCUGGAACAGACUUUGUUCCGAAAUACUAAAAACGGUACAGAAUUGGUCGUUUUUGAAUCUCUCAAUGUGACCAAGUGAAAUAUUCGUUGUACUUUAUUCUGGGAAAAUCGUAUAAUUGUUGAUGGUUCGAUUAUUAGAACAAACUUUGUUCUGAGAAACUCCAAAGUUGGAGACUUGGAGAAAUUAUAAAUCUUAAUAAUAUUAUCAAACCAAGAUACUCUGUUAUACUUUGUUGAUGGAACAAAAGCUGAGUUGAUAGUUGAUCAAUAUUAUUAGAACAAAAAUCGUAUAAUUGUUGAUUUGAUGGUUCGAUUAUUAGAGCAAACUUUGUUCUGAGAAACUCCAAAGUUGGAGACAUGAAGAAAUUAUAAAUCUUAAUAAUAAUAUUAUCAAACCAAGAUACUCUGUUAUACUUUGUUGAUGGAACAAAAGCUUAGUUGAUAGUGGCUCAAUAUUAUUAGAACAAGCUUUGUUCCGAAAUUCUUCAAAUUUGGUCACAUGAAUCUUGAAGUAAUAAUAAUAAUAAUAUCGUGUGACCUGGCUGGCUCAGGUCUGGUGUCAGAGUUUUCAGGUCGCAACUGAUCAAUUUCAGGGCCUCUGACAUGACCUAACGACUGCUUUUUAGGCAGCCGGGACCGACGGCUUAGCGUGUCUAUCCGAAACAUGAAUCUUGAAGUGACCAAAUGACUUUGUUGUGCUUUUGGAAAAACUUUGUUUCAAAAUAGCCUAUUUUAGCUGGAAUCAACUAUUGUUUUGAAAAUAGUUCAGUUGGGAGAAACUCAACUCUGGAAAACUUUGUUUUUUUGUUGGAGCACAGAUAGGGAGACGAACUUAAGGAAAUACUCAAUUUUUCAAUUUCUCUAUUCUCCAUUUAUUCUUGCAAUAAGUUAGUUAUGGUACAACAUUAAAAUAAAGUUCAAACAUUGACUAUUUUGUAUGAAAGUUUAGUAUAAUAGCCUAUGGUCGUUCUUUUCAAUAGGGUAAUAAAAAUGCAAUUCAAAAGUGAGCAGUUUGUGAUGGAAAACAACAUUAUAAGAAUAAAGAAACUUAAUAGUAGAGAUCUCAGUUGCAAAAUAUUAGCAAAGUCAGUUGAGGAAUAGGCUACUUUUAUUUGAAAGUAAUAACUGAUCUAAAAAAUACUGAUAUUCAAUUGAUAUGAGAAAAUUACACUUUCACUAUCAUUUUAUAAGUAGAGAGCUCAUCAGUUGCUGAAUAUUAGCAAAGUCAGCUGAGGAAUAGGCUACUUUUAUUAGAAAGUAGCUGAUCUGAAAAAUACUGAUAUUCAAUUGAUAUGAGAAAAUUACACUUUCAAUAUCAUUUUAUAAGUAGAGAGCUCAUCAGUUGCUAAAUAUUAGCAAAGUCAGUUGAGGAAUAGGCUACUUCUAUUUGAAAGUAACUGAUCUGAAAAAUACUGAUAUUCAAUUGAUAUGAAAAAAUGUGAUAAACACUUUCAAUAUCAUUUUAUAAGUAGAGAGCUCUCACAGUUGCUGAAUAUAGCAAAGUCCAUUGAGGAAUCGGCUACUUUUAUUUGAAAGUCUGAUCUGAAAAAUACUGAUAUUCAAUUGAUAUGAAAU